AUUUCGACAAAGUCCGUCAUUUCUAAUUUUAAGUUUCUUUUAUACCUAUAUAAGUAAAGACUAUAACUAUUAGUCCUAAUAUUUUUCUCAACAUUGCUAGAUCAUUUUAGAUGUCAAAGCCUUUACGUCUUCUUCUACAAUGGUUGUCCUUCUUCGUAAUAUUCUCUCAAUUCUUUUAUGCUUCUCAAGCUGAUUUAGGAACAGCAACCCAGUAUAGCCCACCGUACACACCCAGUGCAUGUUUUGGGAGUGAUUCAACUCAGUUUCCUUCAAGCAACUUCUUUGCAGCAGCUGGUGAAGGGAUUUGGGACGAUGGAGCUGCUUGUGGAAGACAGUAUUUGGUCAGUUGCAUUAGCUCAAUUUCGCCCAGAGCUUGUAAAUCAGGAGAGACUAUUCAGAUCAAGAUCGUUGACCGGGCACAAACGGUAGCUUCUAAGCCUACAAGACAAGGAACUACCAUAGUCCUUUCUAAUGCUGCUUUGGCUGCAAUUGCUGAUUCAAAUGCUCCUUCUCUUAAUAUCGAUUUUCGACAGGUCUAGAAUUGUUGUGCAGGAUACGGGAGAGUCAUUCUCCACAUUCAGAGAAGCUGACAUUUUUUUCCGGGUUUGGUUUUCGGUGAAUUGAAUGUACAAAUUGACUCUUUCUCAAUCUUGAAUUUGAUUUUGAAACUGCUGAUUUAUUAUGUAUCUAGUUAGUAUGAAUAAUAUUACAGCUUUCAUGAAGCUUCUCAAUGAAAAGAAACAGUUAUAAGCA